AUGACUGCAGAAAACGAACGUGAAAUAUAUCACAAGUUAGAAGCAAUGAAAGAGAUCAGAAACAAAACUAUAACACUGGAGCGGCUAAAACGGAGCAUCCUGAAUGAAGUCCGUAGCGGGGACCAGGAGGGCCGCUGCCUCGCGCAGUACAAGCGCGAGAUGGAGCUCCUGCAGCAGGAGAAGAUGAGCCACGUGGAGGAGCUGCGCCAGAUACACGCAGACAUUAAUGCAAUGGAGACAGUGAUAAAGCAAACGGAGGAGAGCAUGACGCGCAAGCUGUCGACGGCGUCGCGGCUGCACGAGGACUACCGGCCGCUGAAGGCCGAGGUGGACCUGCUGCGGCGGCAGUGCCUCGGGCUCGAGCGCCUGCCCGACCUGCACGAGGAGGAGGGCUCGCCCAUCACGCCCGACCGCUUCCCGCCUCUGUCGGCGGCGCCGGCGCGGCCCGCCGCCUUCCUGCCGCCGGCGCCGCGCAAGCCGCCGCCGCCGCCGCCCGCGUUCAGGUCUGCUCUCGACCAAGAUUUCCUUACCGUCUCGCUGAGGCAGCAGCCGCCGCCCAUGAAGUCGUGCCUGUCGUGCCACCAGCAGAUCCACCGCAACGCGCCCAUCUGCCCGCUGUGCAAGGCCAAGAGCCGCUCGCGCAACCCCAAGAAGCCCAAGAAGAAGUAG